GCAGAGCCGGCUCCAAACUUCUCAGCUGUUGACAGGCUUGACUUGCUGAGAACACUGGUUAAAUAUAGCACGCGCAAGCCAGCGCCUCAACAAAGUCCCUGCCCUGCCGGUGUUGUGCAGGGAGCAGGAGACGAGAAACCUAAUCUCGGAACCCAACAACACCUAGCAACAGUUGAAAAAACUUUUAAACAAAAGUCUCGGUGGGAGAUCUACAACAGCCUCCAGUGUCUGCGGACCGGGGAUUUCAGGGCGAAGAAGCUGCUCUCCCCUUCUCUCCACUCAGUUUCCUGCAUGACUUCAGCUAUUGGCUAGUCCCGGGAGAGCAAGUGGGAAAAGCUUUUCCCUCUGUAUUCUUUUGGGCUGGAUAGUUUUCCAGGGCUCCAGUCUCUCUCUUGGGCUGUGGGACAAGCCACUGGGUUCUUCAAAGGAUAAGCUACCUCUCUAAAGGACAUCCCCUUGGCUAAGCGAGCUGCCAUCAGGUGGGAAUGAGAUCCCGAAAUCAGGGUGGUGAAAGUUCAUCCAACGGGCAUAUCUCCUGCCCCAAAUCCUCCAUCAUAAGCAAUGUUGAUGAUAAAAGUCUCUCAGAAGAUGCAAAAAAGAAGAACAAAUCAAAUAGAAAGGAAGAUGAUGUCAUGGCCUCAGGAACUGUCAAACGACACCUAAAACCAUCUGGAGAAAGUGAUAAAAAGAAUAAGAAAUCCUUGGAGUUAUCCAAAGAAGACCUCAUCCAGCUACUCAGUAUAAUGGAAGGAGAGUUGCAGGCCAGGGAAGAUGUGAUCCACAUGCUGAAGACGGAGAAAACCAAGCCUGAGGUUCUGGAGGCUCAUUACGGGUCUGCGGAGCCAGAGAAAGUGCUGCGCGUCCUGCACCGAGACGCCAUCCUCGCCCAGGAGAAAUCCAUAGGAGAAGAUGUCUAUGAGAAACCAAUUUCAGAGCUGGACAGACUUGAGGAAAAACAGAAGGAAACCUACCGGCGCAUGUUAGAGCAACUGCUGCUGGCGGAGAAGUGCCACAGGCGCACGGUGUACGAGUUAGAGAACGAGAAGCACAAACACACUGACUACAUGAACAAGAGCGACGACUUCACCAACCUGCUGGAGCAGGAGCGGGAGAGGUUGAAAAAGCUCCUUGAACAAGAAAAGGCUUACCAAGCCCGUAAAGAAAAGGAAAAUGCUAAGAGGCUCAAUAAACUAAGAGAUGAGCUUGUGAAACUAAAGUCCUUUGCACUCAUGCUGGUGGAUGAAAGACAAAUGCAUAUUGAGCAACUUGGCCUGCAAAGCCAGAAAGUACAGGAUCUCACUCAGAAACUGAGGGAAGAAGAAGAAAAACUCAAAGCCAUUACUUCCAAAUCCAAAGAAGACAGGCAGAAAUUGCUCAAGUUAGAAGUGGAUUUCGAACACAAGGCUUCGAGGUUUUCCCAAGAGCAUGAAGAGAUGAAUGCUAAAUUGGCUAAUCAAGAGUCUCACAACAGGCAACUUCGACUCAAGCUGGUUGGCUUAACGCAAAGAAUUGAGGAGCUAGAAGAGACCAACAAAAAUCUUCAAAAGGCAGAGGAAGAACUUCAGGAAUUAAGAGAUAAAAUUGCCAAAGGGGAAUGUGGCAACUCCAGCCUCAUGGCAGAAGUGGAAAAUCUACGGAAGCGCGUGCUUGAAAUGGAGGGUAAAGAUGAGGAGAUCACUAAAACGGAAUCCCAGUGCAGGGAAUUGAGGAAGAAAUUACAAGAGGAAGAACAUCAUAGUAGGGAGCUCAAAAUCGAAGUUGAGAAGUUACAGAAAAGAAUGUCUGAACUGGAGAAAUUGGAAGAAGCAUUUAGCAAGAGUAAAUCUGAAUGCACCCAGCUACAUUUAAAUCUAGAGAAAGAAAAGAACUUAACCAAAGACCUGCUAAAUGAAUUGGAGGUAGUCAAGAGCCGAGUUAAAGAACUGGAAUGUUCCGAAAGUAGAUUGGAAAAGGCUGAAUUAAGCCUAAAAGAUGAUCUUACAAAGUUGAAGUCAUUUACUGUGAUGCUGGUUGAUGAAAGGAAAAAUAUGAUGGAAAAAAUAAAGCAAGAAGAGAGAAAAGUGGAUGGACUCAAUAAAAAUUUUAAGGUGGAACAAGGAAAGGUCAUGGAUGUAACUGAAAAACUAAUCGAAGAAAGUAAGAAGCUUUUAAAGCUGAAGUCUGAAAUGGAGGAAAGAGUAUACAAUUUGACAAAAGAGAGGGACGAGUUAGUAGGCAAACUGAAAAGUGAAGAAGAAAAAUCGUCUGAAUUAAGCUGCAGUGUUAACUUAUUAAAGAAGAGACUUGAUGGGAUAGAGGAAGUGGAGAGAGAAAUAACCAGAGGAAGGUCUCGGAAAGGACCUGAGCUCACCUGCCCGGAAGACAACAAGAUUAAGGAACUAACGCUUGAAAUUGAGAGACUGAAGAAACGUCUCCAACAACUGGAGGUGGUCGAAGGGGAUUUGAUGAAGACGGAGGAUGAGUAUGAUCAGCUGGAGCAGAAAUUUAGAACUGAGCAAGAUAAGGCCAAUUUCCUCUCUCAGCAACUGGAGGAGAUAAAGCACCAAAUUGCCAAGAACAAAGCAAUCGAGAAAGGUGAGGCUGUGAGCCAGGAAGCGGAGCUGAGGCACAGGUUUCGGUUGGAAGAGGCUAAAAGUCGAGACUUAAAAGCUGAAGUGCAAGCUCUUAAAGAGAAGAUUCAUGAAUUAAUGAACAAAGAAGAUCAGCUUUCUCAGCUCCAAGUGGACUAUUCUGUCCUUCAACAAAGAUUUAUGGAGGAAGAAAAUAAGAACAAAAACAUGGGACAGGAGGUCCUCAAUCUGACCAAAGAGCUGGAGCUUUCCAAGCGUUACAGCCGAGCUCUAAGACCCAGUAUGAAUGGGAGAAGAAUGGUAGAUAUUCCUGUGACCUCGACUGGAGUGCAGACUGAUGCUGUCAGCAGCGAGGCAGCAGAGGAAGAAACCCCAGCAGUAUUUAUCCGGAAAUCCUUUCAAGAAGAAAAUCAUAUCAUGAGCAACCUUCGACAGGUGGGAUUGAAAAAACCUAUGGAACGAUCCUCUGUUCUCGACAGGUAUCCUCCAGCAGCAAAUGAGCUCACGAUGAGAAAGUCGUGGAUUCCCUGGAUGAGGAAAAGGGAAAACGGGCCCUCGAUUACUCCAGAGAAAGGGCCCCGAACAAAUUCCAGUCCCGGGCACCCAGGAGAGCUGGUUCUUUCACCAAAGCAGGGCCAGCCGCUGCAUAUUCGAGUGACACCAGACCACGAGAACAGUACUGCGACGUUGGAGAUAACAAGCCCUACAUCCGAAGAAUUUUUCUCUAGUACCACCGUCAUUCCUACAUUAGGGAAUCAGAAACCAAGGAUAACCAUUAUUCCAUCACCAAAUGUUAUGUCUCAAAAAACAAAAAGUGGAGACGGUAUUCUCGGCCCCGAACGAGCCAUGUCCCCGGUCACAAUUACCACAUAUUCCAGAGAGAAAACCCCGGACAGUGGAAGAGGCGCAUUUGCGGACAGGCCCACAUCCCCCAUUCAGAUAAUGACAGUGUCUACAUCAGCUGCCCCGGCUGAGAUUGCAGUCUCUCCUGACGCCCAGGAAAUGCCCAUGGGAAGGACUGUCCUCAAAGUCACCCCAGAAAAACAGACUGUUCCAACGCCACUACGGAAAUACAACUCCAAUGCCAAUAUCAUAACCACAGAGGACAAUAAAAUCCACAUUCAUUUAGGUUCUCAGUUUAAACGGUCCCCUGGGGCUUCAGCAGAAGGAGCAAGUCCAGUUAUCACUGUGCGACCUGUCAGCGUGACAGCGGAAAAGGAGGUCUCCACCGGCACUGUCCUCCGCUCUCCCAGGAACCACCUCUCCUCACGGCCUGGUGCAAGCAAAGUGACAAGCACCAUCACCAUAACCCCAGUCACAACCUCCUCCACUCGAGGAACCCAGUCAGUGUCAGGACAAGACGGGUCAUCCCAGCGGCCUACACCCACCCGCAUUCCUAUGUCAAAAGGUAUGAAAGCAGGAAAGCCAGUAGUGGCAGCCCCAGGAGCAGGAAAUCUGACCAAAUUCGAGCCUCGAGCUGAGACUCAGUCUAUGAAAAUAGAGCUGAAGAAAUCUGCAGCCGGCAGCGCUACCUCUCUUGGAGGGGGGAAGGGCUGAGGGCAGUGGCUGAGGGGAAAGCAUCAUCAUUCACCAGUUACGCAUGAACUCCCGAUGAAAUGGUAAAUCAAGCACAUACUGGGUGUGUGUACUGCCUCUGAAUCCCUGUUGAAUGGAUAGUGUUACUACAGCUCUCCAUCAUCACUAAGGUCCUCCAGGCUACUGAUCACUACUGAAAAUAAUUUUCUACUUCCAGUGAAUUUUUUUGAGGAUAUAAUGUAAAAGCUGAAAAUGGCAUUGCUGAUAAUAUAAAAAUAGGUUGCAAGAGCAAUUCAAUCUUUGUGUCAAAAGCAAUUUCUCCUCCUUUUGCAAAGCUUUCAGGUCCAUGGGCACAUGCUAUGUAAUUUAUUUUUAUAAUACACUUUGUGAUGUGAUUUUUUUUUCCCCGAAAGUGUUUCCUUUUUCAUAGUCUAUGGCACAUAUAGUAUAUCUGUAGAAUACACUGUCAGUUCUUCAAAGCAUGGGUAUUGGUGCAUUUAUAACAGUAACCUAUAAUCAUUUUCUUUGAUCAAUUUGUUAUUUCUGAAGAAAAGAAAGUACAACACUAUAUAUUUCCUGAAAGAAAUUCAAGAGGUAAAACAGAAGCAGGAGCUUCUGGAAGAGUUUUUAUUAUUGCUUGUACAGUGCUGUGGUUCUGAUCACGGUUCAACAUUAACAGAUAACGGUCUGGUUUAAAGUUUAAUUUUAAACACUUACAGACAGUUUUUUUAAAGUUGCUCUUUCUAGUGUUCUGUGCCAAAACCCUUGGAUGAAUUGAUUUUCAUAUGGAACAAAUGAAUAAAAGGAGAUGUAUGAGUUUAACAUGUAAGGAUUAUAGAAACACCUUCAACCGGUAGUUCAAUUAUCUUUCUGUUUGCAUUAUUUACUUAUAUGUACAGGACUUAGAAAAAGGAUAUCAAGAUAGUUCUCACAAUCUACCUAAAUGAAAGCCUGAAAAUAAAAAACUGACCUAGAAAGUAUCAGCAUCUUUUUAAAAAAUGGUAAUAGAAAUGCCUAGAUAAUUUUUUUCUUGUAGAUAGGAGUUGGACAGAUUUUCAGAAAUCACAUAUAGGUUAGAGAAUAUAUUCUUUAAAGAUAAAAAGCACAUGAAUUACUUAAAUCUCAAUGUCAGAGCUGCUGUUGAACUUAAAUUUAUGUGAAAAUGUGCAUCUAAAGUCUACUUGAAAGCCUUAAUAUAGGGUUUUUAUUUUUAAAGACUUUGUCAAUGUGGACAUGUUGUCAAUAAGGUUUUUAAAAGGUAACUAAGAUAAAUAAAUAUUUGACACAUCAGUUUCUGAAGGCAGGAAUCAUCUAUCAUGUAACUUUACUUAGAUUAAGGAAACUGUGCUCUGGGUGUCACAAGGAUAGCUAAAAACCACACCAAUAAUACUGUUGGCCCAUUUCUCCAGACCACAGGCUGUACCCAGGUUUAUAUGCCCAAAGAGGGGAGUCCAUACUGAGUCUCUGGAAUAGAAAAAUUAAUGUUGGAUUUCCUCCCCUAUGUAACUUUGUAAGGUAUUAAGGUAUACCUUGUGGAAUUAGCAAAUUAUAAUCAGUAGGUAUUAUAUAUGAAAUUACUAUAUUUUAUGUAAAAUUAGUUUUGAUCUUUGUAAGUAAAAGAAAUGCUAUAGUAGGUUUGCCCUAGCUUGAGUGAUUGUAUGUGUCACAUAACCUGCAGGGUUUUGAUUACUGAUUAAAGAAAACUAGAUGUAUUUGUGUGAAGAUUUAAGAAAUUGUUGUUUUGGGUUCUGUUUUCUGCAAAUGUUUCUGAAUGAUGUUUUCAACUAGGGAAGGGUUUUAUUUAGUAUUGUUAUAUAUUUUUCACUCACAAUUAAGUUCCAUUUUUGCCAAUAUUUCUGACGGCAAAAAUAUUCAGAUAUAUCACAGAUUGGCAUUUGAAGCAAAUAACUUUUUCUCAACUUGUGGGAAUGUUAUUACACUAAUUGUGAAAAGGCUAGAAGAUAAGACUUUAAAUAUUUCCUGACUUUAAUUUAAAAUGCUACAAGUAAUUUAUGUAUAUUUGGAUCUGAAGUUUUAUUUUUCCUGAGUUUAUAAUGAAGUUUGGUACUUGCAAUGCUGAGUGAGGAUGACGGUGUAAUUGGUCAUUUAAAUGGAUGCUGAGCUUUUCUCUGCCCAUGCUAUAAAUAAGUCCUCUGUUGAAACCCAAAUGGAAUUAAAGUGACAGAUGGUUAAAAUUAGUUUAAAAAAUUUAAAACUGGUUUUGAAAUAGAACACAAUAUUAAAAACAAACAGAAAACAACAAAUAGUCAUAUCCUUAGCUCAUGAAUAAACAAACAAGAUCAUAAAUAGUCAUAGCCCAAUAUCCACAUUCAAUUGAAAAAAUUGUCCCUCAUGCAAGUCUGGCAUCAUCCAAGGCUACAUAAUUUCUCUAUCUUUUAUUGUAAGUAAAUCUCCAAUCAUCAAUAUGAAUGAGAAUCAGUUUUGAAUGGAAUAAUUCUGUUUUCUGAUGUAUGAUCAUAAUUAGUGUUUUCAGUUUAAGAUACAACAAACUAAUUCCAUUAUCUUACCCUUUUCUUUUUGAGAAGAGUGUUUCUGAGGGUAUCUUCUACAAAGAUUUUUUUCAAGUAUUUAAUAAAAUAUUAGGGCUUAAUGAAAAUAAUGGAUAGAGUAAAUAUUCCAGAUGUUAGAUACCUAUAAUGUUUACAAAUGUGAACAAUUAAUUGUAUCUUUGGACAACCAUAAAACAAUUCAUGGUGUGGAAUAUCUAACUUAAGCAUUAACAGAGACACCAACAAUUCUGAAAUAAUUCCCAGCUUCUGAAAGUCAGUGGCAGAGCAAGAGUGAAUGCUGUGUCAGACAGUGUAACAUGUUUGUAUCUUUUCUCUUUAUGCUGUGGUUGAAUUUUCCUGGAAAUAAAAAAUAGAGCAAAGUUAGGGUGUGUUCAUGAAUUUGAUAAGCAACAAUUCUAAAAUUAACAAAAACACAUAAUGGGAGUUUAAAAAACACAACUGGCACAUGUACCCCCCUCUGGGCCUCCAGUGCAAUGCCUCUGCUAAAAAUACUAAUUAGAAGGCAAAGAGGAGAAACAAUAAAAAUGGUUGUAAUGAAUUCAUAAAAUUGGGAGUUCCAUGGAAUUAAUGUUGCUUAGUGACCACUAAUGUUUUAUUUAUCUUGCUAUUAUGUUUUUAAUACUCACCUGAGGAUAUGUUUAUUGAUUUUAGAAAAAGAGGGAGAGAGAGAGAAACAUGUGAGAAAGAAACACUGGUUGGUUGCCUGUCAGUCAUAUGUGCCCAGACUGGGAUUGAACCCACAACCUAGGUAUGUGCCCUGACGGAAUAGAACAUGCAAC